AUUCGCCAAGCCGGUCGCGACGCGUACCAUGUGGCCGCGCAUCGCCGUGAGAAUAUAAAUAAAUUGAACGACUCUGUACAAUAUUAUAAUAUUAUAUUAUAUUGCACGGCGGAGUACACGACCCGACGUGAAAUCGCGUAAUAAUGCCAUACGAUAAUAACGCGACGACGUACGUUUUUGUUUCGCUUCCACCGCCGUGACCGUUUCGUCGUCGCCGUUUCCGUUUCGUAUCCCAUCGUCCGUCCUUUUCCUCCUACACCUCAUCCCGUCGCCGCCGUCGUCGUCGUCGUCGACGACGGACGAGACCGACACCGACACAGACACGGCAUCGAUCAUAACGCGCGUCGUCCGUUCCGUGUCCGGCCCGAGUCCGUCUGCUGUUUCGCCGCCAGUGUCGAACCUAUCCCGCGCGCGGCAUGAUCGCCCGUUGAACCGGGACGACCGGAUGUCGGCGCGAUCGCCCGCAAUCGCCGUGUAGCCCACUACGCACGACACAGAAUGUCAAUGUUCUUUUUUCGUUUGCACAACCUUCGCCGUGAGGAGGAAAUAAAAAAACGCCGAAAACGAGGCAUGAGGCACAGGCAUCAGCUAACACUGGCCCCCAGCCGAUUGUUUGAAAAACCACCGCUAACACCAUCUGAUAGCCUAGACGCAGUUGCCUUGCAAAUUCCCAGGGUACGAGUGGAAUAUUACGUUAACGAAAAUACAUUCAAAGAACGUUUACAAAUAUAUUUUAUUAAAAAUCAACGCUCAAGUCUUCGUAUUCGUAUCGCAAAUUUAUUUUUCAAACUACUAACAUGUGUUUUAUACAUCGUCCGCGUCGUACUCGAUCAAGAUCCCACGUCCGCGACUUGUUAUGGAUGCAAAAUGGGAAAUAAAACCGAAUUCCUAUGGAGCCGAAAUUUGACGGACGAGGCGUUCCAAGCGAGGCCCAUAAUCAAUUGGGAUGCAAUCCAAUGGGUAAAACGACCGUUAGAGCUGUGGGUGAUACAGUGCGGACUGGCGAUUUUCGCACUCUGCGAAUCACUACUUCUCACGUACAUCGGUUACAAGGGAAAUGUAAUGCAACAACUACUAUCAUUCCAUUUUCUUUUAGAGUUGAUCACAACUGUACCCUUUAUUUUCACAAUUUUCCAACCAACAUUGAUCAACCUUUUCAUACCAGUUUUUCUAAACUGUUGGUUGGCGAAAAAAUCUUUAGAAAAUAUGUUUAACGAUCUUCACCGAGCUAUGCAAAAAUCUCAAUCAGCGCUGUCCCAGCAAUUAAUGAUACUUUCAGCCACACUUCUCUGUUUAGUAUUUACUAGUGUAUGCGGUAUACAACAUUUCCAAAGAGCUGGCCAUAGGCAUCUAAGCCUCUUUCAAGCUACUUAUUAUGUAGUGGUCACGUUUUCUACAGUUGGGUACGGUGACUUCGUACCAGACAUUUGGCCUUCUCAGCUCUAUAUGGUUGUUAUGAUAUGCAUAGCACUCAUCGUUCUUCCGACACAAUUUGAACAGUUAGCGUUUACAUGGAUGGAAAGACAGAAACUUGGCGGUUCUUAUUCAUCUCAUAGAGCACAUUCUGAAAAACAUGUAGUUGUCUGUAGUACAACGCUUCAAGCUGACACAAUUAUGGAUUUUCUUAAUGAAUUUUACGCACAUCCAUUACUUCAAGACUAUUUUGUGGUCCUAUUAUCACCAAUGGAACUGGAUACCACAAUGAGAAUGAUUCUCCAAGUACCUAUUUGGGCACAAAGAGUAAUUUAUAUCCAAGGAUCGUGUUUAAAAGAUGGAGAUCUGUCCAGAGCUAGAAUGAGUGACGCUAAAGCUUGUUUCGUUUUGGCUGCUAGAAAUUAUGCGGACAAAACUGCUGCAGAUGAACACACGAUUUUGCGAUCGUGGGCCGUCAAAGACUACGCUCCAACUGUUCCUCAAUAUGUUCAAAUUUUUCGGCCAGAAAAUAAAUUACACGUGAAAUUUGCUGAGUUUGUUGUAUGUGAAGAUGAACUUAAAUACGCUCUUCUUGCUAAUAACUGUACGUGCCCUGGAGCUUCAACACUAGUUACACUUCUACUGCAUACAAGUAGAGGACAGGAAGGUCAGACUUCACCUGAGGAAUGGCAUAGGCUGUAUGGUAGAUGUUCAGGAAAUGAAAUCUACCACAUACUUUUAGGAGACAGUAGAUUUUUUGGUGAAUACGAAGGCAAAAGUUUCACAUACGCAAGUUUUCAUUCACAUCGAAAAUUCGGUGUAUCAUUAGUGGGCGUGCGGCCUGCUGAUUUACCAGAGUUUUACGAAGACACAAUACUUUUAAAUCCUGGGCCUAGGCAUAUAAUGAAAAAAUCCGAUAUAUGUUAUUACAUUAGCGUUAAUAAAGAAGAAAAUUCAUCGUUUGUUGUUUCAAAUAAUGGUUCAGCACCUUCAAAACACCUUGAUAGUAUGUUAAAUAAUGAUAAGCCCACAGAAGUUCAAAAAACUAUUAGAGAAAGCUACACGUUCCAAAACAAACAAACAGAAGAACCGACAAUCGUAGGUAAUCAUUUGAAUAUCCCUAAACCAAUGGAUAUGAACCCGAAUUUAUUGAGCCCUGAAGUAUUAGGUCAAAGAAGAGGUAGUCGCCGUCCAAGUAUAUUACCAGUGGCUGAAAACAUAACAGGUUCGUCAUUAAACAUAUCUGUACCUCAGCCAGAAGAAGAUGGAGAUGAAAGCGAAGAUGAGCUGGAAGAUGAGGUUCCAUGGAGAUCGCCGAGUGAAAAAAUAGCAUUCCGCGUUACAGCGGAUGGUGAGGAAGACAUUUACACACAGCCUGUUUGGCAUGCUGAGUGGACCAGAAUAGUCAAAGGAUUUCCACCAGUGUCACCGUACAUAGGUGUCAGUCCCACAUUGUGUUAUUUAUUAAAAGAAAAAAAACCACUGUGUUGCCUACAGCUAGCCCAGGUAUGUGAGCAUUGUGCUUACCGAAACGCCAAUGACUACAAUUGGCAAAAUAAAACCAUAAUUUUAGCUGCCGAUUACGCAUCGAAUGGAAUUUACAAUUUCAUCAUACCACUAAGGGCUCACUUUCAUCCGAAGACAUCUUUAAAUCCGAUCAUUAUACUAUUAGAGCGACGUCCGGAUAUUGCGUUUCUAGACGCAAUUUCAUACUUCCCCCUUGUUUACUGGAUGUUGGGAUCCAUAGAUUGUUUGGAUGAUCUCUUGAGAGCUGGAAUAUUAUUAGCAGAAAACGUAGUAGUAGUGAAUAAAGAGCUAUCAAAUUCAGCAGAAGAGGAAACUUUAGCAGACUGUAAUACCAUUGUAGCAGUCCAAACAAUGUUUAAGUUCUUUCCUAACAUUCGUAGUAUAACUGAAUUAUCACAAUCGUCCAACAUGAGAUUCAUGCAAUUCAGAGCACAAGACACCUAUGCACUACACUUAUCAAAAAUGGAAAAACACGAAAAGGAAAGAGGCUCACAUAUAUCAUACAUGUUUCGACUACCAUUUGCGGCUGGUUCUGUAUUCAGUGCUAGCAUGUUAGAUACGUUGUUAUACCAAGCAUUUGUAAAAGACUAUGUUAUUACAUUUGUAAGAUUACUGUUGGGCGUAGACCAGGCUCCAGGUUCUGGUUUCCUAACUUCAAUGAAAAUUACAAAAGAUGAUAUGUGGAUACGAACUUAUGGUCGUCUUUACCAAAAACUUUGUUCUACAACUUGUGAGAUACCUUUAGGCAUUUACAGAACUCAAGAUUUAUCGAACAUAGAAUCACCACCGGAUGCAUGUGGUACAGACUGCGAUAAAAUAUCUGAGGGUUCGGAUCAUGAAGCUUACAUGCCCAUUCCGACUAACUGUCUGCCUAAUUGUCACAGGAACCAAAAUUCUGUAUUUUCAAUUAAUAUGCAUGAUGAUGCUCGAGAUAACCAUGACAACUUGAUCGAGCGAGCGGAAAUAGUAAACUUAGUCAGAUCCCGAAUGGACAGUUUGAAUUUACCCGCCGUCGACCACGAAGAAGUCAGCGAGAAACGGAGCAGUCUAUCAUACGUCAUUAUCAACCCCAGUUGUGACCUCAAACUCGAAGAGGGUGACAUUGUGUAUAUUCUACGCCCAAGCCCGUUCUCGGCUCAAAAAACGUUCGAAAGGCACAACAGCCGACGAAAGUCUAACAUAAGUUUCAACUCGACAAUCGGACAACUGGGCUUCGGUUCGAGGAGAGGGUCGAGUAUGGCGUUCCCUCCGUUCAUGACCAGGCCACCGCCGUUAGUCACCACCAAAGCAAAUAGCUUGUCAUUACCGGACAGCCCGACUGUGAGCAGCGCCCUCCGAGCUCGGUCCAACUCUCUGCGUGUAGUCGACGACAUACUGUUGAGACGGUCCAAUUCGCUUAGACAGGGACUUUCCAUGUGUAACCGGAAGAGCAGCCUCGAAGAGUUAGGAGUAUCGCACUUCCCUAUCGGGUCAAUCGCACACGAACGUAGACCUAGCAUGCAAGUAAGCCUAAGUGCUCGAUCAAUGAGAAAUAUCGUCACUGCGCGAAGGCGGUCUGAGCUGCACCCGAGCGAGAUGAGCGGCAGUGCCAUAAAGAUAGCGCUGAACGGCAGCAUCGGGCUGGAGGUGACUCCGCCGGAAGAGGUGUCCUCGCCCGGCAUGUCCAGCAACACGAGCAUGGUGACGGUGCCGUCGCUGCACCAUCCGCCUCUGCCGUCACCGGCCAUGUCGCCGCACUCGUCGCACGAACACUUGCAGGGCACGAUUGUAUGAUACAACUUGAUGUGGGGCAAACGGAAGAGCAACAACGCUCGCAACAAGUGGCUGUGAACGCGCACGUCACUCUCACGUUCUUACCGAUUGCUUCCACAUCCGUCCACCGAUAUUGUAUUACAUUCUUUUUUUUUUUUUUUUAUAUAUAUAUAUAAAAAAUUGUUCUAUAUAAUAUAAUAAUAAAACAUGUCAUCUCACGCGCGCGCGCGCAUCAACGACAACGACAGACACGCGAAAAUUUUAUUAUCGUUUAUAAUAUUUUAUGAUACACACACACACACACACACACACAUACAUACACACACACACACACAUACACAAACACAAACACACACACGAAUAAUACACGCGCUCCGUUGCGAGGCGUCAGCGUUGAACGUGCCACGAGCAGCUAAACCGAACGAACUUCAUGACUUUUUUCCGCGAUAAUUAAUUCGAAUUUCAGGACAUCGAGAGAUUUAAUUUGAAUUCGUCUUGUCCAUAGACGAAUUUAAAAUGAAAACACCGUACGAAACACGAAAAUAAAGACGACAGUGUCUUGGCGAGUGUUUCAACACGGUUUUCGGACAUUUCGAGAAGAAAAAUGUUUACGUAAUCGCUACGAAACGCGUUAAGGCGCACUCUUAAUAUCCGACAAUCCAUUCCGAGUAAAACCCUGGCUUAACGUUUCACGGGUAACUCUGUAAUACUAUACAGUCUACAUCUGCACACACAAGACACGUACACACACACAAUGCGCGUACGCACUUGCGUACUGCGAUAUUUCGCUUUUAUGUGUAUAUGUAUAUUGUAUAUAAUAUGUAGAAAAUGAAAAAUCGACAUAUCUGUAACAAAACAUCACUUCGCAUUCUUACGUCCUACACCGUAUUCGCAUUCACCGCCAUUCUACGUAUACAUAUUAUUUUUAACUGUGCGUGAAAUUUUCGAACGUGGUUGAUAUUUUUCUUUUCUUCCAAGUACCGGCACCGGCACGGGGGGAAAUCAAAAUUAUUAUGUGCCAAAAUAAAUAUGCACAUAACUACUAUACGUAAUAAUAUGUGUGUGUAUAAUAAAUAAUGUUAUUAUAUAGGUGUGUGAAAUCGUGAGAAAAAUAAAUUUCAUUUGGUUAGAAUAGGAAACUUAUGGAACUUAUAGGGUAAAGAAUAAACUGGUAGAUAGGUACAUACGACGCGUCGGUUGGCGGCGAAACGGCUUUUAUUUUAUUUGAGAUGAUCUUUAUUACCGACGAACAGGGUUUCAUACGAUGUUGUUAUCGAGUGAAAUUGUCCGUGACCACAUGGGUAACUGUGCCAUGCGAUAUAUACAUUUUAUUCUAAUAGGUGGUUCUACGAUACGCUCUUAUUUUUUUUAAGCCCAUCACGUUAUUCUAAAUAAAACAAAACCUUUCCCAGCUACUCGUUCCACUGUUACAGCAUAAAAAUAAAAAACUUACCGUAAAAACACAUAUCAGUCAAAUAUUUCGAUGUUUUACGUAUAUUUGAUAUUUCAAACGAUUAGUAAUCGACGAUAUUAAUUAUCUAUUAAGUACACAAUUUAUUUCAUUUUGUUUUCUUUUUUAUACAUUUUAUUAUUCACUGAACAACAACCAUAUCAUUAUUGAUGUCAUACACCGUGUUUGUUUUGCGUUACAAUAUUCUCUGCGCUAAUAAACAUCUUAUUGUAACUACAAUUAGUUAUAAUUCAAGUUACAUUAUAAUGAUGUAGGCGGUUCAUAAGAAUAUACAUAUAUCAUUGAUUCCAAUUUCCCGAUUUUUAUUACACUUUACAAAACUGAUCGACAUUUAUAAUUUAUA